UUUAAUGAUUUUUACAUGUCUUCUUCAACCAUCUAUUUCUAACCCUAAAAACCUACAAUAGAGCUUAUCUUAAAAGCAAGAGCAUCCCUUCCCUAAUUCUCUCUUUUACCACCUCAGAUCUCAAAAAAAGAAAAACAAAAAACAACCUUUCAUGGGUUCCAGGAAGGGCAACGACAACGAUGGUGCUAGCCCUGGGAAAAUAUUUAUUGGAGGCUUAGCUAAGGACACAACUCUGGAGACUUUUACUAAGUACUUUGAAAAGUAUGGGGAAAUAACUGAUUACGUUAUAAUGAAAGAUCGACAUACGGGUCGGCCCCGUGGUUUUGGGUUCAUUACCUUUGCGGAUCCUUCUGUUGUUGACACUGUUAUGCAAGAGGAUCAUGUUAUUAAUGGCAAACAAGUUGAGAUUAAAAGAACUGUUCCGAAAGGUUCCUCACAGUCGAAUGAUUUCAAGACGAAGAAAAUAUUUGUUGGUGGGAUUCCAACAUCAGUUACUGAAGACGAGUUCAAGAAUUUCUUCUCGAAGUAUGGAAAGGUGGUGGAACAUGAGAUAAUAUGUGACCAUGCAACCAAGCGUUCUAGGGGUUUCGGGUUUAUCGUGUUUGACAACGAAAAAGUUGUUGACAAUAUGCUGGCCAAUGGAAACAUGAUAGAUAUGGAGGGUACUCGGGUUGAAAUCAAGAAGGCUGAACCAAAGAAAUCCUCAAACCCAGCACCUGGCCCUGCAUAUGGUAGUGAAUCUAGGGGACGCUCAUACAAUGAUGGUUAUGGUGGAUUUGGUGAUUAUGGUGGUUUUGGCCCUGGUCCUUAUAGGUCUUUUGGAGGUUUUGGCAGUAGAUAUGGAGAUUAUGGUGGUUAUGGUGGUGGUGCUGCUGAUUUUGGUGGUAGUUAUGGGGGGUUUGGUGGUGGUGGUGGUUUCUCUGGUUACCGCGGAGAUCCAUCAUUUGGUUAUGGUAGCCGAUAUGGUUCCUAUGCUGGUGGGCUUAGUGGGACUGGUAUAGGUCCGUAUGGACGUGGAGGUGGAGGCUAUGGAAGUUACAGUGGUUCAGGCCCUAGUGGUAAUUAUGAUUCAGGCCCGGGUGCUGGUUUUGGUGGACCGGGUGGAUUAUAUGGUAGUAGAUCAGGAUACGGAGGCAGUAGUCGCUAUCAUCCUUAUGCAAGAUAGAACGUGUUUAAGAUCUCCCAUAAAAGUUGCCCCAGGUUUUCAAUCUCAUCACAUGGUUCGAUAGGCACUGUGCACUUUUGCAAGUUGUCACUAUCUAGAAGAUCAAAUCUAUUUAGAUUUGCAUGCUUAGUGAAAACCCAAGUUAGAUCAAGCAUCAAACUAGAACUGCAGCUACUCAUGGUAGAGCAAGCAAACUCGAUAAUAUUAGUAGAGCUUCUAUCUUUCACUUUAAGUUUAUUUAUUGUCGGUUUUAUUGUAGUUUGUGAAGACUUGUUUUAAGCUUUGGUUAGAAUGACUAUUGAGGUGUGAAUGUAACAUUUAGUAAAUUACACACUAAGAUUGCUGUUUGACGUAUAGAGCUUUACGUUUUAAAA